AUGUUGACUCGAUUGGGUCUACAAAAUUCAGUUCGAUCUUUCACUAGGCAUUCAAAUGCAGGCUUGACCCUGAGCAACACUCAAGCUUCAGCUCAGUUUGGCUUCGCGAAGUCAGCCAUAGUCAACUACAACCGUUCAUUUUGUCAAUAUUCGGCGAGAUACAACUCCCCAGAUAUCAAGAUCACGUCGGAAGAGCUUUUCCGAUACACAGAAGGUCGGUGGUUAGUUGGCGAUGACCUCCAACAAGAACUGCGUUACGUCAAAUUUGACGUCCACGAACUUUGUCGCCGUGCUGCCGAAGACAUUGGUGAUGGAACCAAAGUCAUUCGCGUGGAAAAGCUGCCUUCGGUGAAUAGCCGGGUCUUACUUUUGACCAUGAGCGAUGGGAAGGAAUUCAUAGCGAAGAUCAAAUGUCCAAUCACCGGUGUGAUGAUGUUAUCGACACUUUCUGAGGUGACGAUGCUUGCAUUUCUUGAUGACAUGACAUCCAUCCGAGUCCCGCACGUCUAUGGUCUCGAAGUUGACGAUAAAAAACUCGGCGCAGAAUACAUACUCAUGGAAAAGAUGAAAGGGAUUCCCUUGACACAUAAAUGGGGUUCUCUGGGUACUCAAGUUAGAAUGAAGAUCAUCGAUCAAGUGGUGGAGAUGGAAAAGGAGCUUGCUAACCUCAAAUUCCCGGCGUAUGGCGGUCUUGUUCCUCAAAUUUUGUCAAAAUGGGGGACCCGCGCAUGCCUACUUUCCUCGUCAAUUGAUCCAGACGAGAAUUUCGCUAUUGGACCAUUAGUUGAUUCCGAUUGGUGGUAUCUUCGGGACAAGGAUGGCAAUCAGCCCAGAAUUGUAGACAGUGGCCCUUGGUCGACACUUGCAGAGUAUGGAGAUGCGAUCACGCAACGUGAGCUUGCGCUCAUCGGAAACGAGAACACAGCACCCGAAAUUCAACGACGCCUUGAGAAUUUUGACAAGUCUCAGUCGCUCGCCGAAUACAAGGACCUGCUGAAGAAAGCCCAAAGCGUGCUGCCGAUUCUCUCCCGCGAUCAACGGGUGCUCGACAUUGCAGAGCCGAUCUUACGAAACGACAUGUUGGACCUCGAGGAUAUCUAUGUCUCGCCCGAAGAUCCGACCAAGAUUGAAGGAUUUAUCGGUUGGCGGACCAGCAAGAUACUGCCGUUGUUCGAGCAGGCUAACUUAGCACAAUUUGUCCCGCCUCCUGCUUUCUACACGUACGGUGCGCACACCUAUUCUCGCCCGGAUGAUUUCGAUACUUUAAAUCCCGACGCCAAGCAGUCUGUCAUGAAGGAACUGGACAUGGCAUCGAUAACCAAGUACUACGAGAUGAAGCGGUAUAAGGAGGUCAAGAAAAUGAAUAGGCCGCACGAAGUGAGCCGCAACCUGUGGCGGCUCUUCCAAGUUUGCUCGAUACAAAGUUCGGGGAGUAUAACCCCACUCCGCACCCAACUCCACCACUUGUUUGAGAACUGGUCUUCACUUGAGCUCCCGGGGGCUUGUCCUUUUUCCAUCACAGAGGCUGAAGUGCAGUGGCAGAGACAGCAGGAAGACAAGUUGAUCGCGUCACUUGAUGUGGAGGACAUUGUGCGAGACAAGCUUUCCACAAAUGCUAUCGGGUGGAUUGCGAGUGAUCAAUGGGAAGAGAUGGUCAAGACGAAUCAAGAGUUGCACGAGAAUUUUGUUCAGACGCUGAGCAAGGAUAUGGACGCUGAGUCUGCGACGCAGAUGUGGCCGUUUCCACCGAGCUCGAAGUAG